UCGCACACACACCCAGCAAGCUGAACGAGCUCGCUAUCGCUCCAUGACGUUGAUCGCCCUCCGGUUUCACACCGUCGACGUUGUCGGGGAGCUGAAGCAGCGGCGUCCUUAACAAUGUGCGAGAAAGCGGCCACAACCCGCCCAAAACCUUACUACCAGAUCAUCGACGGUGUACCCCGGUGCCCUUUCAUGACCGCGGAGUCUCUCAGGCAGGGUCUCGGCUUCGUUGCUUGCAAGGGAGACCUGCUGCAGGUUUCCUACCCUAGAAGUGGUACGCACUGGGUGCAGUACAUUACGCAGCUGAUCCUAAAGGAGGGCGAACCAGUUGAUACGUAUGAACAGUUCAUGGAAGGGGCCAAGUUCAUCGAGUACUUUUCCGGUAUCGAUGACUGCAAGCCAGGCACGCUGGUUCGAACCUUGUGCACCCAUCUGCCCCUGCGCAAAGAAAAGCUCAACCCAGAGGCCAAGUACGUCUACGUGGCUCGCAACCCAUGGGACGUCUGCGUGUCACUGUACCAUCACGAGAGGAACAUCAGCGCCUUUCGCUUCGAGGAGGGUGCAUUCGAUGACUUCCUGGAAGUCUUCUUGACAGGGGAGCUCGGAUACGGCUUCUACUUCGAUCACGUGAAAGCCGGGUAUGCUUUGAAAGAUGAACCGAACGUUUUCUUCGUGACGUACGAGGAACUGACAAGGGACACGCGAGGCACUAUAAUUAGGCUGGCUCGAUUCAUUGGUGAACGCUAUGGCGAAAUUCUGGAACAAGUUGGUGAAGAGAGGCUGAACGAGAUCCUAAAGAGGAGCAGUGCGAGAAACAUGAAAGACAUUAUGGUAUUCAACCUGCGUGAGAACCCUGACCCCGGAUUGCAGAAGCGCUUGAAAGAGCUCAACGCAUUCUCCAAGGCUGCUCACAAAGGCGACGUCAAACGCCACGAAGUUUUGAGAAAGGCUGAGAUUGGUGGAUGGAAGGAGCACUUUUCUCCCGAGCAGUUGCAGCGCAUGGAGGCCACGAUCAAGGAAAUGACUAGAGGUUCAGACGUUAUGGAUCUGUGGAAGGACAUACGGCAGGAAACGCUGAAAUUAUGUGAACAACCUGGAUAGGCCAAAUACCAAAUACGCAGCAUCACACAGCUGGUACAUGGAAGAACAAUGCACUCAGCGCAUCGUCCUGUCUUGUCCUUUUCGUCAUCUCGUUUCGUCCAGUGGCACAUUCAGAGGCGUGGGGGAGAUAAAGCGAUCACCCUACCCCCCCCCCAAAAACAAUUACGCCAUCUCCCGCUAAUUGGAACACUGUGUAGACGUCAAGCAGCGAGGGCCAACCCUUACACUGGCAGCAACGUUAACGCUGGCAUCAUUGAGGCGUUGCGCAGCAUAGAUACUUGGGGAGGCAGAAAACACGCAGUGAUGGACCAGUGUUUCCUAUUAGAACACGCCAAUUGCUGCUAAUAGUCAAUGAGAGACAGAAGACUCCAAUUGGAUACAGAGACCUGCAGUCUCCUUUUGGUUAGCACGCAUGCUGCGAAUUUCAAUUGUCCAGCAACGCUGAGAAGAAAUCUUCUACCGGCACUACUUUGCAGGUCAAGACACAGUGCCUACUUACACGGGGUGGCCAGUGAUCUGUUGUACAGCGCGAGCAGUCAGUUUUUACAAUUAAGAUUAUCCCUAGCAGACGCUUAGAGGAUGGAAUAAAAGAAAAGAGAGGGAGAGGGCACGCGCAUGCACUCGGGGGGUGUUAAAGCCAUGGGGAGGAAGGCCUAGAAGAAAGACGGGGGAGUGAGUGUAGGUAAGCAGAAGCUCCCAACGUCGGCUUUGUGAUGCGAGAGAGGGGAGAUCGUAUGAGAGAAGAGAGAGGGGGGGAGUGGGCGCACAUGCGAGGUAAGGGUAGUCACGCCACACGCCGGAUUGAGCUCGACCCUAAGCUGCUUCACAUCUAACAAUACCUUUGUCAGCCAACCACUCCCCUAUCUUCAGUGCCUCUCGUUCACCUCUUAUCGCCUAUUAGGAUAAAUUAGCGGGGCCACUGCGAGCACAAGAUAAGGGUAUUCAUAUUGUUAUGGUGUUCUUGUGAUGAUUGUAACUACUAAAAACCUAAGAGCAUGGCCUGCCACUUACAGUUUUACUGCCGGUGACCCGUCCUUUUAAAUAAGUCGGCAAAGCUCCUUGUUUUCGGAGUUAAUUUUGUUUUUUGGAAAUACAGAGGGUGCUUUUCGGAGCUCAACUUAUGGUAGAAA